GUUUCUAACGCCUGACUCACCCGCUUGAUCCUCCUUGGUGUGAGGGGAAUGAUCUGAGAGCCACUGGCCCAGUUGUAGGCAAUACCAUGGCAUCUAGACUUCCUCAAGGAACAUGGGCUUUUGGGCCACUCUUCCAACUUCUGCUAUGUCUUCUCCCAAUUUGUGCCAAUCCAGAGUCUGGAGUGUCUUUCUUUGGAGAUGGCCAUGUGGAGAUCCCCUUGGUCCACAAAUACAGCACCAUCCAUCUUCAUGUGCAGUUCUACACCAGCUAUCACAGUGCUCUACUCUUCUUGGCCGCUGGACAAAAGGAUUAUCUUCUUCUAGAGCUCCGUGCUGGUGUCCUACAGGCCAGAAUGGACCUUGGCUCAGGAGAACUGAUUGUCAGGUCUCCAGCAGAAGUACAACUCAAUAAUCUCGUGACUCAUGACACUGAUCUUUUGGUGACAGAUGGCCAGAUGAUCUUGAUUGUGGAUGGCCUCUUUAAUACAUCCACAGAAAUUCCAGAGCCUCUUCAAGAGUUGGACAUUGAUUAUGGGCUCUAUGUGGCAGGUACAGGAAACCUGGAAUUGUCAUACCUCACUGGAGUGAGUUUGCCAUUCCGGGGCUGUCUCCAUACUUUGACAUUUAAUGAUCACGAUGUCCUCUCUGCACUGGCAACCAGCACUGACAUCAAAGCAUCCCGUGGCAUCCGUGAGGGAUGUAGUGAAGAGUUCUCUGCUGGCCCUGAGGUUCCUUUCGGCUUCCUAGGGCCAAGCUCUUAUAUCACAUUCCCUGGCUGGAAUGUAAGGAAUGAAGGUACCAUAGAGUUUGUAAUCACCACAAGCGUCAAACAGUCCCCUCUGAUUUAUCAGUCAGGGCUGAAAAAGGAUUUCUUCUAUCUGGAAAUCUUUGAUGGACACUUAAGAGGUGUGGUAGAGAAAGGGAAAGGCCUUGUGGUGCUUCACAACAACAUCUACCUCAGCAAUGAGCAGGAUCACUAUGUCAAGGUCCACUUGGACAACCGAAAAUUUGAGAUCCUUGUUGACUACUAUGUCUCACAGACCUCUAGCAAGGGGAUCCAUAGCUACCUCGAUCUUCAAGGACCUCUUUUUGUUGGUGGUCUGAAUGAGAAGGCUGCCAUCAGAAUGAAAGAGCGUGGACUGGGUCUUAUAUCUGUGAACAGCUUCUUCAAUAACUCCUUUGUGGGUUGUAUGGAGGACCUGAGGAUUAAUGAGGAAAGGAAGAGCCUGCAAGAUGCUCUUGUUACUAAAGACAUAACUGCUGGCUGUGGAAAGUUGGAUCAGUACUCAGACUAUGACAAUAUUUAUGAACAGGAUGAAGCCACCACAAGCUCUCCUCUAGACAGUUGGCAGGGUCCUGUUAUACCCUGUCGCCCUGAUCCUAGCCUCCCACCAGUCUUUACUAACUUCACCCAACUAUUGCACGUCAGUCCCUUGGUAGUUGCUGAAGGAGGCACGGCUUUUUUGGAGUGGUGGCACAUUCAGCCAACCAUUGACCUGAACAGUGCAAACAUCAGGCAAUCUCAGGUUCUCUUCAGUGUCACUACAGACCCAAGACAUGGGCAAUUGGAACUAAACCUCUCCAGAGUCAGGAGCAGAGGGAAGUUCACCCUGUUGGACAUUGUGAAUCGGAAAAUCAAGUAUGUUCAUGAUGGUUCUGAGGGACCCAUGGAUCUGCUGCUCUUGGAGGUCACCGUCACUGCCAGAGGAGAUAUUCCGGAGUGUUUGUGGCAAGGCCAGACAUAUUUGCUACCCAUUAAAAUCAACCCAGUCAAUGAUGCUCCUGAAGUGAUUUUUCCAGAUGGAGAUCACAUGGUCAUCUUGGAACACACACGCAAACAUCUCAACCCAGACAUUGUUCAAGCACAUGAUGAUGAUACCCCUUGUGACAGCUUGCGAUUCCAAGUGCUUGGUGGGAAGAGAAUGGAAGAAGGAUAUCUGGAAUAUGACUUCGAUCCUGGAGUCCCAAUUGAAGAGUUUUCCUGCAGAGAUCUAGAAGCAGGCCAUGUGGUCUAUGUCCAUCAAGAUGGGCCUGUAUCCACCCUUACUAUCCAAGUUAAUGAUGGCAUGGUGAUGAGUCCAGUGGCCACCUUGAGGAUAGAUGCAGUGGAACCAGAUAUCCAGGUCCACAACAACACAGGACUCUUUGCCCUUCAAGGGGACACUAUUUCAAUAACCAAAGCCAACCUUUCUGUGGCUAUUAAUGCAGUCCAGCAAAAAGUACCUGUGUUGUAUCGUUUGACUUCACCCCUCCAGUAUGGUGAAAUCCAGAAGCAAGGAGGCCUGAGUGGAGAGUGGAAGAAAAUAGAAUCUUUUUACCAGCAGGAUGUUGAUCAAGGGCGUAUCCAGUAUGCUAGCACAGAUGAUGAACACCGAGUAGAAGACAUGAUUGAGAAGCUGCAGUUCACCAUCCAAGUAGGCCAGAAGAUUCUGAAAAACAACACCUUCCUCAUCAGAAUUAAAAGGGCUACCAUCAGAAUGAAAACCAUGGUCCCACUCCAGAUGAAAAAUGAGAAAGAAAAAAACAUCACAUCUGCUGAACUGGAGGCAGUUUUGGAAGAACCAGGUUCUAACCAAGUGACUUUCCACUAUGUGAUCCUUCAGCCACCAAAAAAGGGAAAUCUUGAACUUCGGGGCACUAGGCUGGCUGAUGGCUUAGGUUUUACACAGGAGGAUUUGCAGAGUCAUCAACUGAGUUACACUGCGACUGUUAGAGACUCAAAGGAGACAGAAGAUUUCUUCCAAUUCCGGAUCAUGGCUAAACCAUAUUAUUCCCCUGUAUAUACUUACAAAAUGGAGAUAGGGGGAGAUCCAGAUGCCCCUGUCCUGACUAAUGUCCUUUUGUCCAUUUUAGAAGGAGGGCAGGCCAUAAUCACCAAGGACUACUUGUUUGUCAAGAGUGUCAACAGUAUGAACUACAUGUAUGAAGUGAUAGAUGGUCCAACACAUGGGAAGCUGAUCUGGAGAACCCCUGAGCCUGGGGCAACCGGUGAGGAGACAAUAACAACAUUCACAAAUGAAGAUAUCCUACAAAAUCGCCUUGUGUACCAGCAUGAUGAUUCUGAGACCCUAGAAGAUGACAUCCCAUUUGUAGCCAUGAAGCAGGAGGAGGGAAGCUUUGACUCAGAAGCUGAGGAGGUGAGAGGCGUCUUCAGAGUCUCCAUUCAGCCUGUAAAUGACCACACCCCAGUUCAGUUGGUCAACAAAGUCUUUAAUGUGGUGCGUAAAGGUCAGCGCCUGAUGACCACAGAAGACAUAGCCUUUAUUGAUGAAGAUUCAGGCUUCUCAGAUGCACAGCUGGUGUUGGUAAGAAAGGAUAUUCUUUUUGGUAACAUCAUUGCUGCAGAUGAUAGAAGUAGCCAGCUGUAUCGCUUCACUCAAGAUGACCUGAGGAAGAAAAACAUCCUCUUUGUCCACUCAGGAGCUGAUCGAGGUUGGAUUCAGUUCCAGGUUUCUGAUGGUCUACACCAGAUUACAACACUUCUCGAAGUGCAAGCUUCAGACCCUUACAUCAAGAUCAACCAUACUGGCUUGGUCAUUCACCAAGGUAGCCAUGGGGUCAUUGACUCCUCUGUCCUCAUCUUGGAAACCAACAUGGAUAUCAGGAAUGACCAGGACAUCCUCUUCCGUAUCCUGGCCCCACCCAUGUGGGGAGUGUUGCUACGAGGUGGGCAGGAAAUCUCAUCUUUUACAAAAAGGGACCUUCUGGCAGGAGAAAUUAUUUACCAUCACAAUGGGAGCAGGAAUUCCCAAGAUAUUAUUCACUUUUCUGUUGAAGCAAACCAGGUGUCUGUGGAAGACACAUUGAAAGUUACCAUAUUAACAGAUUCCCAUCCUCACCCACUAAAUAUUGUUCACAAUGAGAGAAUACACGUCCUCCAAGGAGAAGCAAUGCAGAUUAAAAAUGACUAUUUGCUGGUUGAGCAUGAAGAAAUUGAACCUCAAAACAUUGUCUAUACAAUCACCCUCCCUCCCCAAUCAGGAUUUCUGGUGGCUUUGUCUCACAACCAUGCCUCAGAUGAACCCCCAAGCCUGGAUCCCAUCCAGACCUUCACCCAGGAAGAUGUUAAUGAAGGCAAAGUCCUCUAUCUGCAUUCCAGCCCUGAGAUUCAGAGAGACCACUUCACCGUUGAUAUUACAGCUGAUGGGGUAGAUGCUCUGAAAGAGAUUGUGGUGGACCUGGAGAUCCUUCCCAUUUCAGUCCCCCUGGAGGUUCACAAUUUCACAGUGACUGAAGGGAGCAGCCAAGUGCUUUCCAUGGAUAUUCUGAAUAUUCCCAGUACUUACUCUUCAUAUUUCAAUGUAGAAUUUGUGAUUGUCGAGAUACCAGAGUAUGGCAUCUUCCAGAAUAUGGAAAGACCUGAAGAGGGCAGCUUAAAUGCUUUCUCCUGGUAUGAGGUGGAGAAUCAGCUCAUCAAGUAUGUGCAUGAUGGAAGUGAAUCCUUGACUGACAGAUUCACAGUUGUUGCCAAUGUUUCUGAAGUUAAUCAACAGAGCCAACCCAAGACAAUCUCCAUUAGCAUCACUCCAGUCAAUGAUGAGGCACCAGUGCUAAUGGUCAACACAGAACUGCAGAUUGAAGAAGGUGGCACUGCAGACAUUACACCAGAGUUUCUCCAAAGUGAAGAUGAAGACACGCCUCUAGAAGAAGUCAUUUAUUCCAUCAGGACACCAGUCAAUGGGAAGGUGGUGCUGAAAUCAUCACCCAGCAGUGCAAUCCAGAGGUUCACCCAGUCCCAGAUAAACAACCACCUUGUUCAGUUCAUCCACGAAGGACCUCUGGAUGGAGGGUUUUCCUUUGAUCUAUCUGAUGGUGAGAACAUGUCUCCUGGACACUUCUUUGCUGUGAAAGCUCAGAAGAAACUGGUCAUCACUCUGGAAAAUAAGCAAGAUCUGAUGGUGUGCCCAGGUUCUUCUCAGCCAAUCAGAAGCCAGAACCUGAAAGCAGUGUCCAGUCAACAAGAGGAUGAAAGGUCUUUACUUUACAUCAUAAAACGGUCUCCACAGUUUGGCAAGCUGUUGAAUAGCCAGAAGAAUAACGGAGAAGAGCUGAGAAAUUUCACACAAGCUGAGGUGGAUGCAGGAAUCCUUGCAUACCAUCAUGAUAUGCCACCAGAACCUUUCUGGAUCCUUGAGGAUAAUUUCCACUUCCAAAUUUCUUCUCCGGCGGUGACCACAGACCUAUUUGUCCUUGGAGUGAUGGUAUCGUUCGAGGCCAGCUGUCCCCAGGGCUCCUCUCAGCUGUGGAGAAAUAAAGGCCUCACUAUUCCAGAAGCUCAAAAUGCAGCAAUCAACAUCUCAUUACUAGAUGCUUCCAACCUUCUUACCAAAGAACCUGAGCUAAACAGAACAUCCUAUGAUGUGGUAUUUCUGGUGACUGAACUACCCACCUAUGGGACACUUUCUGUUCCAGAUGGUCCAGUUAAUAAGAUACAUCCCUAUUUUCUGCAAUCUGACCUUGCUGCAGGUGGAUUGGAAUAUUCCCAUCAUGGUCCUGGAAUCCUGGAUGAUUAUUUCAGAUUUAAUGCCUGGCUCCGGCAUAACACAGUGAAAUCUAUUCAGCCCCCACAAAAAGGAGAGGAAAUCAUGAUUUCUGGGGUGUUCAAUAUCACAGUGAGUGACAGUAAUGAAAUGCCACCAAAACUAGUCAGCCAAGGAAAAGUCCUACAAGUUCUCCAAGGUUCCUCCACGAUGCUCUCCCCAGAACAUUUGAAUGUCAUAGAUCCAGACAGCUUCCCUGAAGAAAUCAAAUACAAUGUCAUUUCUGGAUCUUCAAUUGGAUUUAUAGCUAAGGCCCAUAAUAAGCCAGUACCUAUAACCCAAUUCACACAAGCAGACAUCAAUGCAAGAUACCUGAUGUUUAUCGCCAAUAGAACAAGUUCUACUGGAAUCUUAGAGCUUGCUGUAUCAGAUGGUCUCCAUAAGCCCAUUUUCACUUCUCUGGAAAUCAUGGUUCUUCCAGCAACUACAUGGGCAACAAACCAGACAAUCUUGGAAGUACCCCAAGACUUGAACAUGGUUUCACUCUCUCACAAACAUCUUCUAGGGUCUUUAGACCAAGGAGAGCAAAAUACCCUAUAUAAGCUCAUCAGGGCCCCACAGUAUGGCCAGGUGGAAGUCAAUGAAAAACCUGUGAGAAGUUUUUCACAAAGACAAGUGGACAAUGGGGAGGUAAUAUUUACUUUCACAGAUUUUGUCUCCUCCAAAGAUGAAUUUCAAUUCCUUGCCACAUCAGGAGCAAUCAACAUCUCAGGGAUUGUGAAUGUAACAGUCAAGGCCUUGGUCAAAACUCAGCAGGAGAUUCUUUGGCCAAGAGGAACCACUGUCCAACUCAAUACCAAUAUUCUUGAUGCCAAUGAGCUAGCCAACAGGACAAAGAGCAUCCCUGAGUUCAAAAUUCUCCAAGCACCUCAAGGGAGCAAUUUUGUGAAAGUCUCCAGAGACAAACUGGAUCAGCCUGUCUCCAUCACUGCUUUCACCCAAGAUGACCUUGAGAAAGGGCUAAUCGGGUUAGAAAUCUGGGAGACAGAAGAUUCAGGGCAAAAUCUCCAAGAGGACAGCUUUCAAUUUGAAUUGGCAGCUGAAGGUGUGCCCCCUGCCUUGGACUGGAUGGUGUACACCACUGAGACCUUCAACUCCUCCACCCCUUAUAAGGCCACCCUGAUCAGUAUGCCUGGUCCCCAGGAAAGCAGCCAUAGCUCUACACCACAAAGCAUAGCGCCCUCAUUCCAGACAUUUACAACCAGGCCUUAUGUAUCAGAGAGACCCCACUAUAGUUCCAACAAGUCCCAUGUCCUUCCAACAACCUGGCCAGGCUCAGGAUCAACAUCUCAGACAGAAAAGGGCCCUCUACUAGGUUUCAUUGAAGCCAAUAUGUUCAGCAUCAUCCUCCCCAUUUGUCUCAUCCUUCUGCUUCUGGCUUUGAUCCUGCCCCUGCUCUUCUACCUCCACAAACGUAACAAGACUGGCAAGCACAACGUCCAGGGGACACCCCCCAAAUACAAGAAUGGGACAGUAGUAGACCAAGAAACCUUCCGUAAGACUGAUCCUAGUCAAAACAUACCUCUGACAACAGUCAAUACCUUGGAGGCCAAAGAAUCAGGAUCCAAUUCAAAAGGAUCAGGGCCAGGAGGACAACAGGAUCCAGAAUUGCUCCAAUACUGUAGGACAUCUAACCCAGCUUUGAAAAACAGCCAGUACUGGGUCUAAGUACUGGAACAAAGG